AUGACUGUAGUACGGCCCAUGAGCCGUAUGAUGAAGCGCAUGCUUUCCCUGCGCACUAAACCACUCCAAUUCCCUCCGGCUCAGUGUGCCCCUCCAAUUCCUCAACACGAACUUGUUGAUGAAGAAGCCUCCCCAGCGUACAACCCCAAAUACUUCUAUCCAGCUAAACCAGGGGAGUUACUUGCCAAUCACUAUCAGUUACUAGUGAAGAUUGGUUGGGGCACACGUUCGACUACGUGGCUGGCAAAAGAUAUUACAAGAUACAGAUGGCAGCCUGAACGUUUUGUAACCCUGAAAAUAAUAAACAACCGCAGCCUUGACGAAGCUUACCGUGAACGCGACAUUGAGGAGCACAUUUCAAGGCAAAAUCCGUCUCAUCGCGGCCGUGCGAUCAUUCGGACCCACCUUGACAGCUUCGAGGUGACAAGUUCCGAAGGAAGCCAUCUAUGCCUUGCAUAUGAGCCUAUGCGGGAACCUCUGUGGAUUCUUCAGAAACGCUUUGUUGAUCAAAGACUCCCUCUCCCCAUUGCAAAGGCAUAUCUCCUUAUUCUCCUUGCUGGUCUUGACUAUCUCCAUUCGGAAUGCGGGGUUGUCCAUACCGGCAGGUAA